UAUGUGGCAUAAUUAAAACUAGGCUAUCCAUAGAUAUAUAGUUACCUUUUUCUUCAACGCGGAAGUGAUGGGCGGGGCUUCCGGUUUGCGUAACAACAUGCGGUAAACGUGAGACUGUUUACUUUACAAACCAGCGUGUUCAUCAUUAAGAUAACACAAUAAAACAACACGACAGGACACACCAGUUUUCAACGUCAAACAGCAAAACCUAACUUUUGUAGGACUAAAAAUAGCUGGACGCGGAUGAGACCGGAAGCUAGAAUUGACAAAUGGCCGCGCCCUUUUCUACGUCAAGAAACAGCCACUUCUCAGAUUCCUUCUGUUUUCGGAUGAUGCGCCAAAAUAACCCCCCUCUAAAACCCUUGGAAAAAGCAAAGAGGCAGCGGACUUCAUCAGCGUGUUUUUUUCAGCGAUUCAUUAAAAGCGUCCGGUCUCGCGGUCACGCGCACAGGCCACCACGUUCCCGUUCUUUCCGUGACUUCGUUCGACGCGUGCGCGUGAGGGCGGGGAGGCUGAUAUAGUCCCCGCCGCCGGAGUCCGUCGCUCGGAGUCGGUUCCAGCGCAGCGACACACGCUUCGAGCUCCGGGAUCCCCGCGCGAGUCUCCAGGUCUGUCGUCCCCGCGGAUCGGAGGCGUCCGUCGGAGAUGCUCGUGCUUUAGAGGCGCCCGGCAGCAUCAGUUUCCGUCGCGCCGAAAGGAAUGAGAGCAGAGCAUCAAUGUUUCACUGGGGCAAGUGGAAGAAGAGGAUGGGAGCGAACAGUUCAUCCAAGAGACCCGUGUUCGACGACAAAGAGGAUGUGAACUUCGAUCACUUCCAGAUCCUGCGGGCCAUCGGGAAAGGGAGCUUUGGGAAGGUGUGUAUCGUGCAGAAGCGGGACACCGAGAAGAUGUACGCCAUGAAGUACAUGAACAAGCAGCAGUGCAUCGAGCGGGACGAGGUCCGGAACGUCUUUAGAGAGCUUGAGAUCCUUCAGGAGAUUGAACAUGUGUUUUUAGUAAACCUCUGGUACUCGUUCCAGGACGAGGAGGACAUGUUCAUGGUGGUGGAUCUGCUGUUAGGAGGAGACCUGCGCUAUCAUCUUCAGCAGAACGUGCAGUUCAGCGAGGACGCUGUGAAGCUGUACCUGUGUGAGAUGACCCUGGCGCUCGACUACCUGCAGAGCCAGCACAUCAUACACAGGGACAUCAAACCGGACAACAUCCUCCUGGACGAGCAAGGUCAUGCGCAUUUAACAGACUUUAACAUCGCUACCAUAAUCAAAGACGGCGAACGAGCCACGGCGUUAGCGGGUACGAAGCCUUACAUGGCUCCAGAGAUCUUCCAGUCGUUCGUGAGCGGAGGAACCGGUUAUGCGUUCGAGGUGGACUGGUGGUCGCUGGGCGUGACCAUCUUUGAGGUUCUGCGAAGUUGGAGGCCGUACGACAUCCACGCCAGUAACUCGGUGGAGUCCCUGCUGCAGCUCUUCAGUACGGUCAGUGUUCAGUACAGCUCAUCCUGGCACAAAGACCUCAUCUCGCUGCUGAGGAAGUUAUUGACCGUGAACCCCGAGCAUCGCUUCUGUAGUCUGGCUCAGAUGCAGACGGCUCCCUACCUCUCCGAUGUCAACUGGGACGACGUUUAUGAGAAGAAGAUGGAGCCCGGCUUUGUUCCCAAUAAAGGUCGUCUGCACUGCGACCCCACCUUUGAGCUGGAGGAGAUGAUUCUGGAGUCUCGUCCGCUUCAUAAGAAGAAGAAACGACUGGCCAAGAACAGAUCGAGAGACAACAGCAAAGAUUCUCAGUCUGAGAACGAGUAUCUUCAGGAGUGCCUUGAAGUUGUCCAGCAGGAGUUCAUGAUCUUCAACCGUGAAAACCUGUGUGUUUCAUCCGAGUGUGUCGCGCUCAGGCUGAAGCGGCGUCAGGAGGAGGAGGCAGGAGGAGACGAGGCCGAGGGAGGGACGGAGGACGAGGAGACGGAGGCUGAACCCGAGGCGUCCAAACUGAGCAUGUGCGGCUCGGUCUGCUCGUCUCCGGGAAGCUGCUAGCUUCCGCCCUGCGGUGCAUCUCAACUUCUAUGCAACGUAACUCUUCAGCAUGAUGUAAAAUAGAGAUCUUAGUGGCAAUUCUACAACGUAAGGCUGUUCGCUUGAGUAUGACGACAUCACACCAAACACACGGAGGUCUGAACUCGUAACCGACUUAAUAGCGUUUGUAUGUUUACGACUCGAGGGUCCAGUCUCUUCAGAACCGAGGUUUAUGCAUCACCUGGACGGGACGGGAAAACAGUGAGAAAAGUCCUUAGCGGUGGAUAUUACUAGUAAAACAUUAGGUUUUGGUAUAUUUACGGUAGGAAAUGUACAAAAGGUCUUCGUAGAACAUGAUCUUUGCUUUUUUUGGCCUAAAAGAAAAAGUGAUCAUUUUGAGCCAGACAUCAAGAACUGAAUUCAGGGUCGUGCUGCUGGAAAUAAUACAGUAGGUAUAUGAGCGUGAACGUGUUUAAAAGCCCCCGAAGCAGGCCUGUUAGAAAUGAAGCAGAUGUUCCCGCUUAAAAAUUAUUUAAUAAACCGCAAAUAUUUAAUCCUUGAAAACUUAAUAUACUUAAUAGUCUCGCUUUCCAGUAAAAAUAUCCCAAGAUUGUUUACUGGAUGCAAAAUUUGUGAUCAAAAUGAAUUGAGAUUGUGUUUAAAAGGAGAACUCUUUAGAAUGAAGUUGAAUCUUCCUGUAUUCUUCCCGCUCCGUGGGCUUGGGGUCUGGACACUGGUUUCCUGUAGAAAUGAUGUGUUUAACUCUACACGGUGUUUCCUCUGAAGACCUGCUGAAUCUCUGAGCUCUCCUCUUCCUGUAAAUAACCUUUAAUACGGUUCAUGAGGAGCUGCGUCUGGUUGAUUUCUAAAAGAAGUCUCUUCUCAUCGAGGCUGCGUUCGUUUCAUCAAAAAUACAGUAAAACACGUCAAAUGGGAUUGUAGUUUAAAGCAGCUGUUUUCUCUCUGAAUAUGUGUUGAAGUGCAGCAUCUUAAUUCAAGCAUUAAUAUUGUUCAAGUAAUUCAAAAGCUUUUUUUUAACAAUAAAUGUCUCCUUUCGUUCAUCGAGGCUGCAUGCAGUUGAUCAAAAGUGUCCCUACAGACAUUUAUUACCUCUUUUUCUAUCUUUUAAACUUUCUAUUGAUCUCCCAAAAAAAAAAAAUUGGAAAUAUUGAGCCGCUCAACUCUUUUUAACAUUAUGAUCAUCAGAAAUGUUUGAGUAAAUCAGUGUAUUAUGGAGCAAUGAAGCUGAAAAUCACAGAAAUGAGUGACACUUUAACACGCGUUCGCACACAAAACCUGUUUUAAACUAAUAUUUCCUGUGUUUUUGAUGAACAGAAGAGACUGGAGUCUCACACAGCGUUUAAGGACAGACUGCUGUUGGAGAUGAUGAUGAUGAUGAUGAUGAUAUCUCUAGUAUAUUUCUGUCUGUCGCUGCUUGAACCCUUCCUGCUCACACGUUGCCAAACUCCUCUCUGACUGUUAGACUCUUAAACUCAGUGAAGGUCUGAUGAGACGCCGGUCCUUCAUCUCUGCUGCUUAUCAGUGUCUAUAAGACGCCCGAUUAGGAUUGAUUUAUAGGUGUGUGUGUGUGUGUGUGUGUGUGUGUGUGUGUGUGUGUGUGUGUAGCAUUUAUUCAGUAAGUGGCAUCGGCACACGAGUAGCGAAUCACUACCGUAAUCUCACCGCUUCAUCAUGUAAACAUGUACAUAGUGAAAAGGCCGGCAUUGUCCUCAGUUUUAUGUGGACGUGCUGAGAUCAGCGAGUUUCGAUACAGACGAUACGAUACUGAGAGGUUUUAUGAAGCCGCGUCUUGUUUAAGAUCUCUCUCAAGUGUGCAGGCACAACUUGUAGGCAAAAACGCCAAAGCUUUUGUACCAUUUGCAUAGCCAUUUCUAAUCCAAACGAGUGCCUGCGAGCGUGUGUGUGUGUGUGUGUGUGUGUGUGUGUGUGUGAGAGAGAGUGAGCGAGCGAGUGUGUGUGUGUGUGCGUAGUGUGUAAAGCUCAUAGAAACACCGUAACAUUUGUAAAGAAGCAUUUCUUGUAAUAAGUGAACUCCUGGAAUGUUUAAUCUGGAGCCGGUCUGGACCUGGUUUAACUUCAGACCAGUGAAGACCAGACUUUCUCCUCGUGUUCCAUUGUAACGUGGACGGCAUGAUUCUGUACGUAUACAUAGAUUCUCUUCAAUAUUUUGGCAACCCAUAGAGAUUUUGACGAUCAUUAAAGUAUGAAUAAACUAUCA